CGCUGGACACGAUUUGAUGGUAUAAGAGCUGGUCUCGCAAGCCACUUGACCGUCGAAAGAAAAGCCAUUGAUCGUUUGACUUUGUCCAUCUACAUUCAAGUUUGGUCGACCUUUGUUCUUGCCCAUCUUGCACAUCUUGCAUUUCAGUUCCUGAGCACAUAUCUGAUAUGACUGUCACACAGAGACCUUGGUGGAAGGAUGGCGUUGUCUACCAGAUCUACCCCGCUUCCUUCAAGGACUCCAACGGAGAUGGCGUAGGUGACUUUGAGGGCAUCAUAUCUGAGCUGGACUACAUCCGCUCGAUUGGUGUUGAUACCAUAUGGAUCUGUCCUAUGUUCGACAGUCCUCAGGUUGAUAUGGGAUAUGACAUUCGCAACUAUGAAGAUGUGUAUGCUCCAUACGGCACACUUGAUGACAUGCAGAGGUUAAUCAACGAGACACAUGCUCGUGGUAUGCGUAUCAUCCUUGACCUUGUCGUCAACCACACCUCAAACUUGCACAAGUGGUUUCUCGAGUCCCGCUCGUCAAAAGACAACCCCAAGCGUGACUGGUACAUCUGGCGCCCCGCCCGCUAUGUGAACGGUGAACGCAAGCCCCCUAACAACUGGGUGUCAAACUUCACAGGUAGCGUCUGGGAGUGGGAUGAGCACACACAGGAGUACUACCUCCAUCUCUUCUGCCCUGAGCAACCCGACCUGAACUGGGAGAACGAAGAAACGCGCAAAGCCAUCUAUAAGUCCGCCAUGGAAUUCUGGCUCGAGCGUGGCGUCGACGGCUUCCGCGUCGACACAGUCAACAUGUACAGCAAGGGCAAGAUGCUCGACGCUCCCAUCACAGACCCAGGGUCGGAGUGGCAAUUCGCCGGCUACCAGUACUGCAACGGACCCCGGAUGAAGGAGUUCCUCGGCGAGAUGAACCAAGUCCUCAGCAAAUACGACGCCAUGACCGUCGGCGAAUGCCCCAACACCAAAGACAUGUCUCGCGUUCUCGAAUACGUUUCCGCGAAGGAGAAGCAGCUGAACAUGGUCUUCCAAUUCGACGUUGUCGACGUCGGCCAAGGGCCGUACAAAUUCCAAACCACACCGCGUAACUGGAUCCUGCCGGACUUCAAAAAGGCAAUCGCACGCACACAGGAUCUGAUCCGCGGCAACGACGGCUGGACAACUGUGUUCCUCGAGAACCACGACCAGUCCCGCUCCAUCACACGCUUCACAUCCGACGCGCCUGAGCACCGUGUUGCCGGUGGCAAGAUGCUGAGUCUGAUGAUGUGCGCGCUCUCUGGCACGCUGUUCAUUUACCAGGGCCAGGAAAUCGGCAUGACCAACUUCCCCAAGAGCUGGACUAUGGACGAGUUCAAGGACGUCGAUUCAAGCAACUACUACAAGAUGGUCGCGCGCCGCACGAACAAUGACCCCGAGGCGUUGGAGGCCGCGCACACUUCCCUUCAGCACUUGGCUCGCGAUCACUCACGUGUGCCUAUCAGCUGGUCUACAGGCCCGACAAAUGGUUUCUCGCCGCCCGACGCACACACAAAGCCGUGGAUGCGCCCGCUCGAAGACGCAGACGUAUGCAACGCGAAGCAGCAGCAAUCCGACAAGAACUCCGUGCUGUCGUACUGGAAGCACAUGCUGGCCGUGCGCAAGCAGUACAACGACUUGCUCGUGCACGGCGAGUACAAUGAUCUGGACGUUGAGAACCUUGACUUCUAUGCUUUCACCAAGACAUGGAAGGGCAAGAAGGCAUUCGUCAUUUGUAACUUCACAGACAAGGCGCAGAAGCUGUUUGUUCCGAGCCAGGUUGGCAGCGUGAAGAGGGAGUUGCUUGUCAGCAGUGUGAAUGAACCGGUUGAGGAGGAGUUGGCUGCUUGGGAGGGCAGGAUUUACCUGCUUGCGAACUAGGUGCUUUUGAUGAUUCGCGUUUUCAUAGAUUUAGAUAUGUGGG